AUGACGUCCAAUAUGGAAGUCCGCGCAUCUCCGAAUGAUGAGCCUGUUCGACCAGCAAUAAGUCGUCGCUCGUGCGAUCAAUGUCGAGCGAGAAAAAUAGGUUGCGAUAGGGGUACUCCGUGUUCCAAUUGCUCCACUGCUCGUAUCGACUGCACCCACAGCAAGAUCGCGAUCAGGACAUCAGCCGCUCGUCAGAGAGUUUCCGUUUCAGAACAAUACGAACAAAAGAUUGAUGAUAUUUCUCGCGACGUCAACGACAUCAAGUCGCUGUUGGCAAGUCUUGAUUUUGGCAAGAUCACAUUACCACGUACAUCAGCACAGCAUCAAACCACACCGAGGCCAGAGAAUCGAGAAAUAGUGGAAGAGCCUUUGAGAGAUCAAGACGUAUCUCAGAGUUCUUCGCAUCCUCAAUGGGACCAUUCAUCACACAUCAUCAAUUUUAUCAAAUCCAUCGUUCAGCGAGGCACCUUGGGUUAUACAAGUCCAGAGUGGAGAGAUACCGUCUCUUCUCUCGAGGGUCUCGUCAAUGUCUUGGAGAAUCCUCAUCCAGCACGGAGUCUUCCUUCCAUAGAGCUUAUAAGUAGCAAUCGGACAGAAACCGCCCCAACACCUCCCUUGGAAGCGAUUCUGGAGAUUCUACGCUGGGCGAAGGAUCACGCCACAGACUUUCGAAUCUCUUGGAUUUGUAGGUUUCUCCCCUUGGUUACUUAUCAGGAAAUCUGUACCAAAGUUUAUUUUGGCGUUGGUGAACCCACUUGUGCAGAAGUGAUUAUUGCCAAUAGCUUUCUUGCAUAUGUCUUUGCCGAGUACGCCGUCGUUUACGGAGACUCAAAGUACAGGGAAUAUUGCCAAUUUCACCGAUCGAAUCUUGGCAGUGCUCUUCUAAGGCUCCCACUACUGUUGCCAGCCUCUAUGGAGCUUGUCGCUGCCAUGACCCUCGGAUCGCUACACAUGGUUGAAGAGCGUAGAGUAUCACAUGCCUGGACUUUGAUCUCAAACGCUAUGACUCUAUGUCAGACACUGGAUUACCACCGACUUGAUGGAUACUCUAGUGGCGAUAAAGAGAUGCAGACGCAGUUGUUUUGGGCCGUAUAUAGCUAUGAAAAUGGCCUGUCUUUACGGUUGGGGCGUUACUCUGGCAUCAGAGAUUCUGAUAUUACCUUGACCAUUGAGCCAAGCCAUCACAGAGCUAUUCGAUUUGGACGGAUACAAGGGAGAAUUUACAGUCACUUGUAUAGCCCAGAAGGCCUCGCUUCCACGGAUGAAGUACGUGGGGGGGCGGCCAGUAUUCUGGCGCAAGAAAUCCAAUCGAUUAUAGAUGAGACUCAAGCGGAUAUUUCGGCAGCGUUAUGUCGAAACGCAAUGGUUGAGCAGGAUCCUGCUAGAGUGGUUUACUUACAUUGUGACCUAGUCUGCCAGUCCUCCAUGAUGUCCAUGGUUCUCAGAGCGAUACCUGCUUCAGGAAAUACAGACGCUACUGACGGCUGUGUCACUGUAGCACGUAAUACCUUGGAUUUGCACGGGCAAUGCAUGAAGCUUGUUGAUGGAUGUAGGGAUCCUCUGUUGAUGAAGAGAUACAUCAGCUGGGCUGUUCUUCAUACACCUUUCUUCCCUUUCAGCAUUGUUUUCGAGCAUGCUGUGCGUCACUCAAGUACAGACGACCUUGACCGUCUUGAUCGAUUCGCUGCGUCAUUCAAGUCUAGCAAUGCCGACGGUGAGGCAGCGACCCACCCCCAUCGUUUAUACGACCUCCUGAGUCAGGCUGCACGUCUCUCUAUUCAGUUGGGGUCAAUUUCACGAUACGAUAACUCGAUGAUAACAAAUUCUAGUGACUCGGUCAUGGCUGAGCCUGUUGUCGCGAAUAUUCUGAACGAUACGAGCGUUGGGGACAUAAUGCUCCCUAGUGAACAGGAUGUACCGUUCAAUGUUGGUGACUGGUUCUACAGUAAUCAGCAGUUUUUGCGGCUACUCCAUGAGGACAUAUCUUACUGA